GGAGAUUCAAUUUAUCCAUAACAAAAUAGUAUUUAUCACGUGUCGGGGUAAUCAAUCCGGUUAGCAUUUUUCCUGGAACUACCGUCUCCCAAUUAUCGGUUUAAUCCGGUCUGAUUACGGUCUUGUACUCGACUUAUCUGUCUAUUUGUAUUACAGCCAGUCGCUAGUGUUCUGCAAAAAAGGCUGGUCUUGUAAUAGAAUCUGAUUGUCGUGUUCCUUUGGAGAAUUUACACCGAAGCUGUGAUUGCUCUGAGAAACGUGUAUCUUCGGGGAGCAUUUUCACAACCCUUUCAAUGAUUAGUCAUCUCUAGAAGUCUGAAGGAGCAAGUGCAGACCAACUGUUUGAUGAAAUUCCUCAGAGUAGAUGAUUUCGUUAGUCAGAUCAAAGGGGUUAGCGUUUCUAACGAAUACUACAAAACUGACGCGCUGUUUAUGCUCUAAUCACUUGGUAGACCAUGCAUCGACGGAGUUGCAGGAAGUUAUUCGGAUUGUUUCUUCCCACAUUGGUGGUCUUGAUGAACUUGAAGAACACUUGAACAAGGUUUCGGUUUCUCCAUCACCCAACUUCGUUACCCAAGUGAUUGACUCCUGUAAGAACGAGACUUCACCGAGAAGGCUUUUGAGAUUCUUCUCCUGGUCUUGUAAACACCUUGGUUCCAGUUUACAGGACAAGGAAUUCAACCAUGUCCUAAGAGUUUUGUCUGAGAAGAAGGACUACACAGCUAUUCAGAUACUCUUAUCAGAUCUCAGGAAGGAGAAUAGGGCCAUGGAUAAGCAAACGUUUAGCCUCGUUGCUGAAACUCUGGUUAAGAUCGGGAAAGAAGAAGAUGCAAUAGGUAUUUUCAAGAUCUUGGACAAGUUCUCUUGCCCGCAAGAUAGCUUCACAGUGACGACUAUUAUAAGCGCGCUCUGCUCAAAAGGACAUGUGAAGAGAGCAUUGGGAGUCAUGCAUCAUCACAAGGACUUAAUAUCCGGUAACGAAUUGUCUGUGUACAGAAGUCUUUUAUUCGGCUGGUCGGUUCAAAGAAACGUGAAGGAGGCAAGAAGAGUUAUACAAGAUAUGAAAUCAGCAGGGAUUGCUCCGGAUCUGUUCUGUUACAACACAAUGCUUACAUGCUUAUGCGAAAGAAACGUGACUCGAAACCCUUCUGGUCUUGUCCCUGAGGCUUUGAACAUUAUGUUGGAGAUGAGGUCUUACAAAGUCCAACCUACGUCUCUUAGUUACAACAUACUGCUUUCUUGCUUGGGAAGGACGAGGAGGGUGAAAGAGUCUUGCCAAAUUCUAGAACAGAUGAAGAGAUCGGGGUGUGAACCCGAUACAGCUAGCUAUUACUUCGUUGUGAGGGUUCUGUAUUUGACAGGGAGGUUUGGUAAAGGCAACCAAACGGUGGAUGAGAUGAUCGAGAGAGGGCUGAGACCCGAACGCAAGUUCUAUUAUGAUCUGAUUGGAGUUCUUUGUGGUGUGAAGCGGGUGAAUUUCGCGCUCCAACUGUUUGAGAAGAUGAAGAGAAGCUCUGUGGGUGGUUAUGGUCAGGUUUAUGAUCUGCUCAUACCAAAACUAUGUAAAGGAGGAGACUUUGAGAAAGGAAGAGAGCUUUGGGAAGAGGCAAUGUCACUCGGUGUUACGCUUAGUUGCUCCAUCGAGCUGCUUGAUCCUUGUGUCACAGAGGUUUUCAAACCCAUGAAGAAGAAAGAAGAGGCUGCAUUGGUGGAUCCUCGUGCACUCAGCUUAAAGAUUCGUCCUAAGAUGGAUAAAGCCAAGCCGAAAGGACUUGUAGAUUUUCAUAAU